AUGUUGACAAGAGGAUUCGGAAACGUCGCAUCGAUUGGCAAAAUCGCCACAAGAGGUCUUUCAUCAUCUUUCUACCAAGACGCAUUCCAACUGUCCGACCAGCUAACUGAUGAUGAACGAUCUUUGAUGCUCUCUGCACGCGAAUAUUGCCAGGAACGACUAUUGCCACGUGUCACAGAAGCAUACAGAAAUGAGAAGUUCGAUAAAUCCCUGAUUCCUGAAAUGGGAAGUAUGGGACUACUUGGUGCACCUUAUCAAGGAUACGGAUGUGCGGGAACAUCUACAGUUGGAUAUGGACUGAUUGCUCGUGAAGUGGAGAGAGUUGAUUCUGGAUAUAGAUCAACGAUGAGUGUACAGACAAGUCUUGUUAUCGGACCAAUUUACAAUUAUGGAACUGAAGAACAAAAGGAGAAAUACAUUCCAGAUCUGGCUAGUGGAAAGAAAAUAGGAUGUUUCGGGCUGACUGAACCGAAUCACGGAUCGAAUCCUGGAGGAAUGGAGACGAAAGCAACUUGGGAUGAGACAACUAAAACCUACAAACUGAGUGGAUCAAAGACAUGGAUUUCCAACAGUCCUGUUGCUGACGUGAUGGUUGUUUGGGCUAGAAGUUCAAGACAUGGAAACAAGAUCAAGGGAUUCAUUUUGGAAAGAGGAAUGAAGGGAUUGACGACUCCAAAAAUUGAAGGAAAACUCUCUUUAAGAGCUUCAAUCACUGGACAGAUUGCUAUGGAUGAUGUUCCAGUUCCAGAGGAGAAUCUUCUUCCAAAUGUUGAAGGUCUUGCAGGACCAUUUGGAUGUUUGAACAAUGCUCGUCUCGGAAUUGCAUGGGGAGCUCUUGGAGCUGCUGAGGAAUGUUUCCAUCUUGCCCGUCAAUACACACUGGAUCGUCAUCAAUUCGGAAGACCACUGGCACAAAAUCAAUUGAUGCAAUUGAAAAUGGCUGAUAUGCUCACUGAAAUCUCUUUAGGCCUUCAAGGAUGUCUUCGUGUGUCGCGAUUGAAAGACGAAGGCAAAGUUCAGCCAGAGCAGAUCUCGAUUAUCAAAAGAAAUUCAUGUGGAAAGUCACUGGAAAUUGCACGAAAAGCUAGAGACAUGCUAGGAGGAAACGGAAUUGUCGACGAAUACCAUAUUAUGCGUCAUAUGGUCAAUCUGGAAACUGUCAACACUUACGAAGGAACUCAUGAUGUGCACGCACUGAUUCUCGGAAGAGCUAUCACUGGACUCAAUGGAUUCUUUUAA